UGCGGUUAGAAGGUCGAUAGAUUACUACGCGAAGUUGAGGGUAAGCAAACCUAUGAAAAGGAAGAUUUUAUGCAACUGAAGGUACAUGUGUAAAGAUGAGUUAUACUGCAAUCCAAUGGACCCAAAACCUGGAAGAAUUUCGCCGUUCCCCAGAAACAUUUAUGACAUCAAGAAACACCACCGCGCACAAUUUUGUUUUGGACAUCUUCCAGGUUCUUUGUCAUGAAAAUCUUCCCGAAAAUGUGAAGCUCCAGAUGUUAUUUCUUCUUCAAGAAAAGGUUUCAAGUCUUUUCCUUGAUUCAUUAAGUGUAGAAUGUGCUCUACAGUCUCUGAAGGAAAUGUUUCUGCCUGUGUAUAAAGUCAUGCUUGAGCUCUACCUAAGCCAGGCAUCAAGUAACUUUUCCCCAAGCAGCAAUGCUCCAUGGGCAGACACAGUUCCAAAUCUGAGAAAGGAUAUGAGCCCUUAUUCCCUGAUUGCUCAGUCAUCCCAGAUUUAUCUCAGUCAGAUUUUGGUUACAGGAACUGUCAUUCUGAUCUCUAGGGAAACAUUGGAAAACAGUCAAGAGGUUUUUGUUGAUUUUGUUGAAGUCCUGACUGAUGUCAUAGAUCUGGUCAACAACCCUUACAAUCUACUUGUGAGGAGAACUGCAUGUGACUGUCUUUGGGAACUGGAGCUGUCUUAUCCAGGUCUUCUCCAUGCAAAAUUGGACCAUCUGUAUGCCAAAUGUGCUGCAGAAAACAGUCCUAUAUUUCAGAGUUACAUGGUCUUGUUUGUAACAAUCCUGCGUCAUGCAAUGGAACUCUUACUACAAGAGUCUGCUAAUAGACUGGAUGACAACUGUGUAAAUAGUUUACUUACAAGCCGCACAGAACCCCUUAAGCCUCUUUAUUUGCCCAAAGAUAUUACAAAGCAGGUUUUACCAGUAACAAUUCAGGCCAGAGCAUUAAGCUCCAGGUCAUUGACUUUACCAGAGAAUGUUGACUCCAAGGAACUGAAAAGAGCAGUUUCUUUCUUAAUGGACAACAUUGGUUUUCUUAACACUACUGGACUUUUCCAUGUUAUGUUUCAACUCAUGCAAUGUGUGAAACUAGCAGAACUUGCCCCAAAUAUGUUUAAGUCGCAGUUUAUCACUUGGGUUUCCACAACUGAUCUGUCUGUGUUUCACGUUCUGCUUCUUUUAAAGCUAAAAUUUUUAGAUGACUUAUUCUUGGAAGGAGAUGAACUUCUUCUUCUUCACAGAAUGCUGUUGGUGUCAAGUCAGCCCACCCUCGCACAAGGACAGCGUUUGUUGUGCUUUGAGUGGCUCAUGCACUUCCCCACCGACGAGNUUCCUCACUGCUUGGAUUAUUCACAGUUUAGUUUCUUUUACCCUUCUGUCUUCGAUUCUUUAGAUGUGACAGUUGAUAAACUCAAGGUUCUGUGCCUAUGCUUGGAUCACGAGACAUUGCAUUCAUCAGACUCUGCAGGUGUCCCGUUAAUGCAAUGCUUAAUGCCACUCCUUAAGAGAGUCCGUCAGGGAAUCGGAGGCAAAACUGUGGUAGCAUUGUUCAGAAUCCUAUUCUGGUAUUACAAACAUCACUGGGACUCGGAGCUUGAACGCGAAAUUUACAGGCUGGUGUUGUCAAUAGUCACUGACCACCCGCAGUUCAUACCCAAUACAGUAGAUUUGCUGAACUCAGUGUCUGCCAUUACUCCAGACAGUAAACUUCCCACCGAUUUACUGCGAUCUCUGAGUGACCAUGUAGUGUCGCAGCCAGUGGAGUCUAUUCUUCCAAACUUGACACAUCACCUCAAAUUACUUUCCCUUGCAAUGAGAGGUUCAGAUAUACAACCAUCGCCAACCAUGCGUUUCUUGAUUCAAAUCCUUGACAAAGCGGACAUCGUCCGUAAUGGUGAUUGGACUGUUGGAAAUUGUGUACUAGCUGUGUGCUACAGUAUUCUGUUACAUCAUAAUUCGAGCUCAACAAUUACAGAACUUGGCAAUCUGUUGCUGUUUAUAUGUGCAACAUACAGGGACAUCGAUAUCAGAGACCGUGCAAGAUUUUACUACUGUCUUCUGACUAAUGUAUCGAGUAAAAAGUGUUCCAAAAUACUAACCACCGAGACAGUAAAGCCAGGUCUUCCUCAUGUCAUCGCUGAUGAUAUUACAACCAGCACAUUCCCCGUUCCACCUCCUGUAAAACACAUCAGUUCUCCUUUUCUCAAGCUUACAAGGGUUCCUCGACCAAAAUUUGAAGGUUCCUUGACUGAUUUGAAGUCCUCUGACCUUGGCGAGACUAAGGAGUUUAUUUCUAGAAAAGGUUUGUUAGAUCAGUACCUCAAGAUGGUCGACGGAAAUGCUUAUAGUAAAGAAAUCCCCAUAAAGUAUUACGUGCAUUUUACAGAUUCUGCGACUCUGCCGAUCCCAUCGAUUAUCUAUGCCUUGGUUCUGAAAUUUCAUACUGAAAGAAGAUACAAGAAACUCGAAGAUAUUCACAUCUCAUACUUAUCGGCCGCUAAGUCAACAUCUCCUUCUGAAGGCUGUUAUGUGAUCACAGUAAAUUUCUGUCCACUCGACCCAGUACCGACCGUGUUCAAAGUUAGGGUGACAUUCAGUGAUGAGAAGGGUCUAACCAGUGCAAUGCAACUGGAGAAUUUGCUAGUUCAGUUUUCUGACUUGUUUAAUCCUCUUCAAGUACCAGCUUACUUUAAGACUACACCAGUUGCGAGUGUCAAAGCAGAACUUUUUUCUGUGUUGUGGGAUCACAUCGUUAAAGUUCAACGAACCAGCGAAUACCCUACGGGGACUGGGGCUGAAUCGAUAAUCUCCCUAUCGGUGAAGUGGAGCACCAUGCGAGAGAUCUUAGAAGAAUACUUGCUACCGUUUGUUAUGAGUGCUUCAGAUGAUGAAGUUCAACUUGGUAUUUUCUUACCACCUUGUCAGCAUCUUCUACUAAAAUUCCAUCCACUAAAAGACUUAACUGUUGUUUCCAUGGCGACUGAUGAUUGGCGGCUACUUCAACUUGUGGAAUCGUACCUGCGGCAAUUCGAACACGUCAGCAGAUAACCUAACGAGACUCAGUGAUUUAAAAGCUUGGCGGCUAAUCCGAAAUAAAUCCUUCAUUGAACUUCUCCGUACCAGAGAGGAGGCCUGGUUCAACAGCGAGAUGGUUUGAUUGGCCAUAGAUCUCUGUUAGAAGAAUUUGAGUUCUACGUGAAGGAAGUGUUGCACUGAAUGAGCAAACUUGUGCUCUCUUUCAAGUUUCCGAGAUUUUGCAAAAUGUAUUCAGACAUUAAAGCAUUUAAAAGGCUUAUGGAAUGUUACCAAUACAAGGAAAUCGAUCAGGACAAGUACUCUACGCUUUAAAUAGCACAGGGUCUUGACACUGUUUUGAAUCUGCCUAGUUAGGAGGACUUGUUGCUCAAUUGAGGCGACGUAGAAAUUUUUGAUAAAUAUUUCCGAAAUAUUUUGCCCCUGUAGAGGAAACUGUACAAAAAAAACUUCUGUGGGACAAAGGCAUGCUCUACCCACCCCUCCCCCCUCUUUCCCAACUAGAAUGAAUACACGUAAGGUUUUUGUAAGUAAACACAGACUUGAUUUUGUAAUUUGUAUUAUGUUUUGAAUGAUGAGUGAUGACUGAUUUAUAGACCUAAAUUAAAAGUUCAUCGCAACA